AUGUGCUCCCAAACGUUUCUUCCAGUGCUGUUCCUACUGUGGAGCGGAAGUGCAGGUCAAGUGCAAGUCCAGGCACAGUCUGGUUACAAUUAUGUGCGCCCAGAUCUGACCAAUACUGGCGGGGUUACGGCUGGUGGUCGCCUAGCCUCACCAGGCACAGCUCCCAUAGCCUAUCCCACCGCAGCUGCAGCGACAGGGCCAGAUUCACCAGCCACCACAGCUUAUGGGGCGGGCUUAUAUCCAUCCCCGGCGGUGGGCUAUACACCCAGCGGUCAGGCCACAACUGCAUUUGGAGCACCUGCUUCCAUACCAGUAGCAAGUACGAGUCGCAGACCGCAGCCUCCCCCGCCGGGCAUUUCUUCAGCGCCGCGUGGCGGACCCUAUGGACCGCAGCCCAGUCAAUAUGGGGCGAUAGCACGUAAUACUGGAACCACAACCGUUGGCGAACAACCCGACUAUUCCGACAAUGAGGGCGACUAUUCAGCCAUUCCCGGUGUGCCGGGUGUAGAUUAUCCCAUUUAUGCUCAAGUGCCACGAACCAAUUUCGAUUGCUCACAACAGGCUCUACCUGGAUAUUAUGCUGAUAUCGAAGCCCAGUGUCAGGUCUUUCAUAUCUGCGCUCUAAAUCGUACAUAUUCCUUCCUCUGCCCCAAUGGCACAGUAUUCAGUCAGGAGACACUGGUCUGCGUCUGGUGGAAUCAAUAUGAUUGUAUUUCGGCUCCAAAUCUGUAUGCCAACAAUGCAUAUAUCUAUGACUAUUCAGAACGGGCUACAGGUGGUCAAAACUACAGAUCUGGAGCUGCGGCAGUGACUGCCGCGCCAACAGGGUUUAUUGGAACACAACUUCCAACUGGCCGCAAUUCGUUUGCCUCUCCGACUCCCGCGGCCGUCCUACCAUCAUCCCAAUCUCCUUACGGUGCUGCAUCUGUGAUACGUCCUGGAGCUGCAAACAGGCUGACACCAUCAAAUGCUGCAGUUGGUCUAUUAGCUGCCACAGCCGCCGGUGUCCAACUGCCCAAUGAACAACAACAGCAACAACGCACAGUCGGAGGAUUUGUCCAGCAACCGCAACAGCAAUUGCAGCAAUCGGUCGUGCAGACUGGCAAUCGAGAGUAUCUGCCACCGGCCAAUGCUGGACAACGUCUUCGAGUAGGCGGCGGCACAACUUCAGCAUAAUCCAGAGAAUGAUAAUUGUUACCCGAUCCACUUUUGCAUCGUCCACGUUAGGAGCUCCAAACACACCGACACACACACAUACUCUUUUCCAGUAUUAGUUAGUAUAUAAUUUCAACCAAUUCUUCGUUUAUAUAAAUAUAUGUAUGUAUAAAACAU